GGAUCUUUAAUGCCAUUUCACAGACCCUAUGUUUGGCAAUGUGGAGGAAGUAUGGAAGUGUUACCCUGCUCUCGAGUUGCCCACAUUGAACGCACAAAGAAACCUUAUAAUAAUGAUAUUGAUUACUAUGCAAAACGCAAUGCCCUGCGGGCUGCUGAGGUCUGGAUGGAUGACUUCAAGUCUCAUGUUUACAUGGCAUGGAACAUCCCGAUGACAAACCCAGGAGUUGACUUCGGAGAUGUUUCAGAAAGAAUAGCUCUACGACAGCGUCUGCAGUGCCGGAGUUUUAAGUGGUACCUGGAGAAUGUCUAUCCUGAAAUGAGGGUUUACAACAAUACAAUCACUUAUGGAGAGGUACGUAGUAGCAAAGCUAGUGGCUACUGUUUAGACCAGGGAGCAGAAGAUGAUGACAAAGCGAUUCUCUAUCCUUGCCAUGGAAUGUCCUCCCAGAUCAUUUAUGAAUGUGUUGAACAGCAUUGA